GAAUCCUCCACCUAAUGCACAAAUCUUCCUUCUGGAAUGCUAAGUGGAAAAAAGGCAUUUUUCCAGCACCAAAUCCAGUGCAUACCAGAAUUUUGUCUAGGAAGUUCCACAUCAAAAGCUUCAAGGAAAAGACCCCAUGCAGUAGCCACAGGAUUCAGGACUUCUGUGCUGUCAUGCUUCUGACUUUCCAGCAAGGAAGAUAUUCCGAAUGCUUAAUUAAGCUAUGACCAAAAGACAGGAUCCGGAAAAUAAAAAAUGAACCCACUUGAUGCAACAAAAUCAGGAUUUUUAGUGUGCAUUGCGAUCUGCAUGUUCAUUUACACUUUUAUCUACCUGAAGAACACACUUUCGGUUUUUUUUUAUGAAGAGCAAAAAUUUCCUGGAGACACAGCAGAGUGCGGUUUUUACCCGGAUGAACUCUGUUCGGCUCUUUUUGUGGGGAAAAGCGUUGCCUCUCAAAUAGGAAACUUUUGUCAGAACACCUACCAAGCAGAGCCACUCAGCUGCAUUCAGACUGCCUGCAAUUGCUCCACGGUCCUGAAAAGCCUGCAUUUUAUAACAAGACCGCUGUCUGAAGAAGAAGGAAAUUUCUCCUUGGCGUAUAUUAUCACGAUUCACAAGGAGCUGCAAAUGUUCAUAAAGCUACUAAGAGCUAUUUAUAUGCCUCAGAAUAUUUACUGCAUACACGUUGAUGAGAAGUCACCGAAAAAUUAUAAAGCUACUGUACAAAAUAUUGUUAACUGCUUUGAAAAUAUUUUUAUUUCCUCAAAAAGAGAAAAUGUUGUUUAUGCAGGAUUUUCAAGACUGCAAGCUGAUAUUAAUUGCAUGAGGGAUCUAGUGCAUUCCAAAGUUCAGUGGAGUUACGUUAUCAAUCUAUGUGGGCAGGAUUAUCCCAUCAAAACAAACAGGGACAUUAUACAAUACAUCAAAAGCAAAUGGAAUGGUAAAAAUAUGACUCCUGGGGUAGUGCAACCACUUCAUAUGAAACACAGGACGCAGGUUAGUUACAGAGAAUAUGCACAUUCUGGAACGUCCUAUGUGUAUCCAACAAAGAAUAUAAAGGCUAAAGCUCCAUAUAAUUUGACAAUAUAUUUUGGUAGUGCCUAUUACAUUCUCACGAAGGAGUUUGUAGAGUUCACGCUGACUGAUGCACGUGCAAAGGAAUUGCUGGAAUGGUCAAGAGACACGUACAGCCCGGACGAGCACUACUGGGUCACCCUGAACCGUUUGCAUGAUGCUCCAGGUGCUACCCCAAAUGCAGACUGGGAAGGAAACAUCCGAGCCAUUAAAUGGAAAGACCAAGAAGGAACCACACACAAAGGCUGCAAAGGUCAUUACAUCAGAGACAUUUGCGUCUAUGGACUAGGGGAUUUACAGUGGAUCAUCGAAUCGCCCCAUUUAUUUGCCAACAAAUUUGAACCUGCAACAUAUCCACUUGUUAUGGACUGCCUGGAGAGACGCUACAGGCUCAAAGUACUGCAGCAAGCAGAAGUCCCCAUCGAAGAUCACUGGCGUUUUCAGGAAAAUAACUACUUUAACAUGAAGCUGAAUGUUUGAGCUGAAGACACAUUUAAGCAGUGCUCAAAAUAUUGAAAGAAACCAUCAAGAUAAGAUUUUUAGCUAUAGUCUUCACUCUGUGCAUUUUAUCAUAAGAAUACGCAUAAUGCUAUACUACUGUUCACCA